AUGCCAGAGGCGCAAACAGAAGCCGCCAAUGGCCUUGCAACCAUUGCCAGGCGCGGAAGAUCCCUCAUUUAUGUAGAUAUCCUCAAAAGCAACCAUCUAUCGGCGCAAAGGCCGCGAAAGUUAUCUUCUAAUAGUGAUAUCCAAGUUGAUGUCAAAGCGGAAGAGCCUGAGCUUAAAGCUACGGAUCUUCCGGCUCUCGCUGAGAAAGAUGAACUUCGUGGCCUGGGGUAUCUGCCCGACGAUGAAAAUCUAUUGUUCGGAAAUGCGGCGCCCACGUCAAAACACUCAGCAUCAAAUCAAACUGUUCCGAGCCUUUCUCCCGAGAUGAGGAACGUGUUGCAACUUUUGCCUCCAAAGCCCUACACAGACAUCUUAAUCGAGCGAUACCUGGAAGUCACAAAUUAUGGAUACUAUUGUCUCUAUCCGCCUACUUUCUCACAAGAUUACGCAGCAUGGUGGUCCGAUCGAGCCAAUGGCAAGCCACUAACACCGGAAUUUACUUGUCUGCUCAUUCGAGUGUGCGCAUGCUCAGCUCAGUACUUGGACGUUGAGAUCCAGCAAAAACUCGAGUCCGAGCUGGGUGAAUCUGUACAGAGCCUUUCAGAAAGCUAUCAUCACGCUGCUAAACAAUUAAGCAACGCGAUUCCGCCCGGAAAAGGAGGGCUCGUUCAAAUUCAGCAACUUUUUCUCACGGCGGGUUGGUACAAGGCUGAGUCGUUAUUCGUUGAAUCCUGGCAUGCUUUGACUUGCGCAAUACAUGAGGCCCAGGAACUGGGUAUGCACAAGAGCGCUCCCCGGGCGGGCUUGUCAGAAUUCGAUAUUGAAAUGAGACGCCGAAUGUGGUGUCUCUUAUAUGUCUGGGACUGGCAAAUGGCUUUACUUCUUUCUCGCCCGCUCAUCAUCAAUCAAUACUAUUAUCCUUUCGAGCUUCCGAACAUGCAGCUUGAAUGUCAUGACUCCAAAACGGGCCCACCCUCCCCGUUUUCCCAUAUAUCUUCCCAGUGCGAACUUGGCAAGAUCAUCUCUCGGGUGCCGCCUACCAUGGGUGGCACGACUGAACCUAGUCAAGCCAAUGCCAUCAAGGUAGAUAUAGAUCGGUGGCUCGCCUCCCUUCCACCAGCCUACCGAGAAGCGAGCCCAGACAUCCAGUGGGAUGAGAAACAUAUUUACGUGCCGCUCCAGCGUCACCAACUGCGGGCGAUCGGAUAUAUGACGAUGCUAUUACCAUUCAAAGUAUUCCUCACCAAGACAUUCGACAGUAAGACUUCCGAGACGGACAAGGCACUAAGAAGCACCGCCGUCGAGAUUGCUCUACACCUGAUCGACGUCUCUCAUGGACUAUUUGACCAUGUCUAUCCGCUGAAUGCUAAAUUCCAUCUACUCACUUUCUUACUUUUUGACACUGCUGCAUUCUUAUGCUCUGCCAUGAUUCAUGACAAGGAUAGCAGCCUUCCACAACGUGAGAAAAUCAUUCAAAAAAUCAGUCUUGCAUGCUCUCUCAUGCACAAGCUGGCCCAAGUCACCAAAACAGGCGCAAUCUGCUACCCAGUUCUUGCCCGACUUGCGAAGAGCCUAUCUAAAUCAUCCAAGAAAACCACGACAUUUGCUGGUAUGAAUGGCGAAGUCUCUAAUCGGGAAAUCAACGGUGCUGGGCCCUCACCAGAGACAGAGCUGGAUUCAUUCCCUCCUUCAGAUACCAUUUCCACGGAAUCUUUAUCCUCAUCUCUGGGUUCUUUGGACUCGAAUGAAAUCUUUUUGCCUGCCUCUUUAGACCUUUCGGUACCAGGCAUGGAAACACCCCCGCUCAUUAGCGUGGGCGACUUUUCAAAUUUGGACGUCGGCCAGUUUGAUCAAAUCUGGGACUGGCAAAAUCUUGACUUGACAUUGUUCCCUGUAUGA